AUGAGCGCACAGAAUAGUCGCAUCAUCGAUCAAGACGUGGACACGGAAUCGAAACUCUUGACCUCUGGGUUAGGCUUGAAACGCGCGUUGAAUGAUUCCGCACGUUCCGUCCCGGUGAUCGAUUUUUCCAAUUUGGAUUCUGAUGUGUUGGACGCGAAGUUAUACGACGCGGCAUCAAACGUAGGGUUUUUCGCACUCGUAAACGCACCGUUCGUGAAUAAGGAUGACAUAGAUCGACAAUUUGAAUUCUCCGAGAAGUUUUUUGCGCGAGCGAAAGCGGUGAAAGAGCAAGAGUCGCCGUAUGAUGCAAAGUUGAAUUCGGGAUACGAGUACAAGCUCCAAGUGAGACCGAGCACGCAACUGAAAGACGAAAAGGAAAGUUUUCAAGUCACGGCGAAAGAGUCGAGCAUGGAAACGAGAUGGCCGAAAGAUAUGGGUCCGGAUUUUGAAGCGAACACGAGAGAGUUCAUGGGGAAAUCUUUGGAGCUGGCGAAGAUGGUCAUCGCGCGUUUGCAGCGCGAACGGAGAAGGAGGAGGAGAGCGCAAGGCGGAGAAGAAGAAGAAGAAGAAGAAGAAGAUAUCGCGAGUAAACACAGUUUAUGGGUAGAGAACGAGAGUCAGUGUACUUUACGAAUGAUACAUUAUCCACCGUUUGAUUCAGUAGAAGAGGCGGAGGACCAAGCGAAAAUGGGAUACAUGCGCGCAGGAGCGCACACGGAUUGGUGCAACGUGACGUUGUUGUAUCAACGAACGGAAUUCGGAAACGGUGGUUUAGAGUGCGCGGCGAACCCGAGAAGAGAUGGAUUCGAAAACACCGAGUGGGCACAGAUUGAUCACACGAACCCUGGUGCGAUUACCGUGAAUAUUGGCGACAUGCUGAGUCGUUGGACGAAUGGCGACUUGUUGAGCAAUUUACACAGAGUUCGAAUGCCGGAAGGAGAGGAGGCGCUGAAGAGCCGACACUCGAUGGCGUUUUUCGCGCAAGCCGACGAGUCCGCAGUAAUUCGAGCGUAUCCUGGACAAGAAAGUUUGACCGCAAAAGAAUACAUAUUAGGACGAAUUAGAAGCAAUUACGGCGGCACCACCGACAAAGCGGUGAUGGCGGCGGCGGCCGCGGUAUAA